AUUCGUGUGGCUCAGUGGCUGUAAAUCGUCAACUCGUCUAGUGAGCUAGGAGCAAGAUUCACUAUUUCAACCUAGUUGUACUACUAGGUAACAACAUCAGAUAAACACGUGAAUAGAUAUGUUCUGAUUUGAUUUGUCCAAUAAGGUCCGAGGAUCAAGGAAAGGAGUGUACAGCAUAUUUUAAGUGAAUCUCCUUAUGUAGGCAGGCUAGAUUAUGAAAUAAGAACAAGUUAUUUCAAAGGAAGCAAAAGCUACAAUAACACAGGCGAUAACAUAGCAUAAAGGGACAACGCGCGCAGCAGAGUGGUGACCUGGCCAGAGCGCGAUGUUUGGAAUGAUAAAGAAUACAAUUUUCGGGAACACCGAAGAAACGGACUACAAAUUGCUCAGCAGCGAGAUCAAGGAGGGGGUCAGCUAUGAGGUGCGGCGGUACGAUGGUGCAAAGUAUGCCUCAGUGAGCUCAGAGGGGCGGACCUUUGACCAGGUGACUGGGGAGCUAGUGAGGAAGCUGCUCAUGUACAUUGGGGGAAGCAACGACCAAGGGGAGGCAAUGGGGAUGACAGCACCGGUUAUCAUCACAGUAUAUCCCAGGGACGACGGUGUGAUGUCACGCCGUCUGGUGGUUAGCCUCAGGAUUCCCACCAACUACCAAGUCAGUCCCCCUGUACCCAUCGACAGUGCCAUCAGAAUCGAGGAUCGACCCGGCAUGACUGUCUACUCACUGCAGUUUGGAGGCUUCGCAGGGGAGACUGAGUACCGUGCAGAGGCCUCUCGCCUAACCAAAACUCUUGGUGAGACUGCCCCAUUUCAGCGGAAACAGUACUUCUGCUGCACCUACGACCCGCCAAUGAAACCCUACGGCCGACGCAACGAGGUGUGGUUCCUACAGGAGGAGCCAUAAGGGAAGCAUUAAGACCGACUCUUAAUAAUAAACUAUAGUCACUUCCUCUCCUUCAUCUUCACUGAUCACUCCACAUCUUGAUCUUCAUCCCCAAAAAAUUGGAUAUGUGAAAAUAAUAUGACAACAAACAACAGGGGAUUUGUUUUCAGAUCAGUGCAAAUGAAGGAGAGGUGAUGCAAAGAAGUGUAUUAGACUAUUGAAAGGUCAUAAAGGGGAGGGAUGGGCAGCGGGCUACAUAGUUACUGGUCCAAAGUAGUGCAAUAGUAUGGUACCAUUAUCAGUAACUGGAUAUUAAGUGGCCUGGGGUAGGAGCCACUAACCACAAUGUACCGCUGUGUUAUAGGUGGUACAUCAUUAAGUUCUUAUUUUGUACACCCAGGGGAUUGGAAAUAAACUAGGAAUUGAGCCAUAGAGUAGUGAUAGUCAAAUGUUUUCCUGAGUAUGAAUUAGUUGGUGGGGAGGGUAUGAAGGGGAAAUGUGUUAGUCAUUCCUUAAGUGUUAUCAUUUGAGAUGUCUAAUCCUUCUGUGAUGACAUGAAAACUUUAACACAGCAGUUGUGUGUAGUGAAUGUUUUGGCGUGCUUGUAUUUGGAGUCUUUGAAUUGUAAUGUUAUUAUGAUUCUUGAAACUGUAUUUUGAAAUACCUCUGUAUGGUGUGUGAUUUUCUGUGAAAAUAUGGAGUGACGAUAUCAUCAGGAUUUGAUAGCGUUUCAUAUCAUAUUUAUUCAAGAUAUUACUAAUACGAUUUUUUUGUGCAAAACUGACGUUUUCUUUUUUUUAGUUCAAUACAAAAGAAUGCUUAAAGUACUGGCACACCACUGUUUUGGAUAGGUUUUACAUAAACAUUUAUUUAUUAUUAGAUUUUGAAUCAAUAUGAAGAACUCAAAAUAAGGAGUAUGGUUUACAAACAAGAUAUUUCAGACAUUUGAUUAAUUUAAGCAGAUACUUAAAACCAACCAAACCUAUAACCUAAAACUAGUACAACAUGUCCUCACUAUGCACUAAAAUAGCAAUUAUUAUGGUCUGUUAGUCACUAUAACCCAGUUUAAACAGGAAUAAAUUAGUGGUUUUCACAGGUUAAUUCGUCACAACUGCAAGAAAGCACUGUGUAGCGGGCUAGCGGCUAAAUAAAUACAUGGCCUAGUAACCCCACACUUGUGUAAUU